AUGUUUGUGUACGGUAUUAAACCAGGGUCUAGUGAAGAAGAGGAAGAAGAAGAUGUUAAGGAUAUUCUACAGAAAAGAAGAGAAGAAUGCGAGCGCAAAGCAAGAAGAGGGGAGAUGGAUCCCCGCCUGGAGUUUACAUUUCAGCUCCUGAUUGAUGGGACAGGUUUACCACGUCAUACUAUAAUGGAUCAUGUUUUCGAAGGGAAUAUGUUGGAUGACAUCAAUCAACUGUUCCUUCCUCAUAUGAGGAACAAACUUCUUUGGUAUUACCAAGACGUUGAGGAAGUUGAGCAGCGACCACAAGUCGAAGGUACCAAACCACGUCAGCAAGGUCAAGGAAAGCUGCCACCGCCUCAAGUGACUCUUAAAAAGAAACUAUUCUUAUCAGAUGGCUGGGACGUAAAAUUUACGGGGAUAUGCAUUUACAUGUUCAGGAUAAAUGUCAGCAAACAGUUGCCAGAAGAGGGAUUUCAUAAAGAUUUGUUCUGUGGAAUUUUAAAUGCUGGUAAAGUGGGACUGGUGACGGCAAUUGAGCGUAUUAUGGAGUACGUUUACAUGAAUGCACUCGCACACCCGAGUACCGAUGGAGACGAAGACGAAACUAGAUUCCCGAUCGUUAAGAACCAACUACUUCCAGGACUCAGAUCAUUCUGUAGUGCUCUAAAAGUGUGCGAAGACGUAUGCAAUCAGGUAAAUUUGUUCGACGAUGGCAAAUCAUUCAUGGCCAAUGUACAAGAUCACACUGAGCUAAAGGAAAUGACGAAAAACCUCAACACCAUAACCAUGUUAGAAGAGCGUGUCAAUGAGUGGAUCAAAAAAGUGAUGGAGAUACUGAGUGAAAGUGAACAACUACGCCGUGAAGUAGACUCCAGCGGCCCCCAGGAUGAGCUUGAAUAUUGGAAAAAAAGAGGCGCGCAGUUUUCACAACUUGUCUCUUAUUUACAGGAUAACGAAGUCCAACUUACACUUACCUGCUUGCAAUUGGCCAACUCGAAAGUGAUUAAGUUCUGGCGCGAUACUGAUCACAAGAUAACGUUUUGCUACAAUGAAGCCAAGGACAAUGCAAAAUUCAUUCAAGCCAUGGAGAAGUGUUGCCACUCGCUCUACCUUGAUGAUCCGGUAAAAAUAAAGGACUCCAUACUCAGUUUACUGCAAACGGUGCGGUUGAUCCACAGCGUCUCCCAGUUUUACAACACGUCCGAGAGGAUAUCUUCUUUGAUGGUCAAAAUAACGAAUCAAAUGAUAGAAACAUGUAAGCAAUAUAUAACGUGUCGUUUUAAAGAGACAAUCUGGUCUCAAGAACGUUCUUUAGUAAGGGAAAAAUUGAUGCACUGCAUCAACUUGAAUAAAACUUAUAGAGAGACUUAUAUCUUGGUAAGAGACCAGCCGUUUCUGCCUAAUACUGAGCAAUUUAGUUUCUCUGAGAAUUACGUGUUCGGAAAAUUCGACACUUUCUGCAAACGAAUCAACAAAAUUAUUGCUAUGUUCGAUAUGAUGGAUGAUUAUAAUCACUUAUUUGAAAAGAGGAUGGAGGGCUUAUUGCUGGGUGAAGACUUGGAGGAAGCUAUACAUACGUUCAAUGAGGCGAAGAAGGCAGUGACAACUUGUCAGUAUGAUUACUUAGACUACAGAAACAACGAUUUUGACAAAGACUACCAAGCUUUUGAAGGGAAAAUGAGCGCAUUGCAAGAAUCCAUCGGAAAUACUAUUGAAGCUAAUUUUGCUAGUGUGUGGGAAACUCCUCAGGGAAUCAAAUUUUUAACAAGGUUUGAAAAGGUUAGUCAAAAAAUUUUAAGUACAAAACUGAGUGAAAAGUAUGACAGGGUGUUGCAGUACUGUGAAAAGGAAGUCGAUAAAAUAAUGAAAAUGUUUAAACGCCAGAAAGAUGAUCCACCAUUGCCGAGAAAUUAUUCACCGGUUGCAGGUCGCAUAAAAUGGGCGAGGUGUCUGAUGCAUAACAUGACAGAGACGGUUGAGAGCGUUUGUGCCCACCCUGUGCUGCGCGCGCUGCCCGCCGCCUCUGAUAUGAUGCGCAAAUACUCAACGACUCGGACCCUCAUUCACAACUACGAAGAGACUAUGCGCGCCGUUUGGAUGAACCAAAACCUUUGGGAUGUCGACGACAGUCUGAAUAACACGCUUUUAAAAAUAGAUGAAUCAGGUCGUAUAGCAGUAAACUUAGAUCACACAAUCAAGCUGUUGAUCAGAGAGUCUGACUGUCUCAUUAAAAUGGGAAUUAACCUCCCCAUUGUGUGUCAUUCGCUUUACGCUAAAAAUAAUUACUUCACUCUCGUUAACGAUUCUUUACAGUUCCUUUUGGAGGACUAUCUCGCGACAGUGCGUCGGGUGAAACUUGAAGUGCGACCACUAUUUCUACCGCAAGUAGUGCGCCUUUCCUCCCUUCUACUACCCGGUCUUAAAACAGUCACAUGGACGAGCGAGGACUGGAAGGAAUUCAUAGAUCGCGCCAAUUCAGCUAUUAAAAGCUUUGAUGUCUUGGUUACUAGAGUCCAUGAUAUAUAUACGAAUAGAAUUAUUUACGUACUCUCUGGUAUGCAGGAAGUUUCAUUAGUAAAUUUGCCAGAAGAAACACCUUGGUCUGUGGAGGAAUUUAUAGAGCACGUGGAAUCAGGAAGUCGCAACGCCUGCGUCGAAUUAAAUCGUAAGAGUUUGAUGGUGGAAGAGGCCGUUGAAGAGGUCUUGGAUUUGGUGAAAAAAGCCGCGCAACAAGUUAUACCAGCUGAGAUUAAUCCGGACUUCGAGUUUCUGAUCGCCGAAGACGAUCUACAAAGCGGCAGUGGAGCAACGUCUACACUCAACGAGUCGACGAGUAGCGGACAGCAGGACUGGUCCGCAGUGUGGGAAUGUUUCGAAAGCCCUCAUAAAUUGCUAUCAACGCCUGCGGGCGGUCUAUCCAAGAGUAUGCAGGAAAUGGUAAAAAAUGCUGUGAGCGAAAUGCGCCGUUACUACAGUAGAAAAGUUGUUGACGUCCUCAUCAAAGUAACGCGUCGGGCCCUGGACCUGAUCAUCAAGCAGUUUUCUCCGGACAGUGACGCUAUUGCCUGGAUUGGAAGAUCGGUCGGAGUAUCGUUCUCGUUAAUCGGGCUGAUAAAUUCUGCAACAAUAUUCUACUGCUUAUAUAAUACACCAAUUGUAACGCAUGCGUACUUUAACUCAAACAAAUUGUCCAAGUCAGAAUAA